AUGACAGCAUCUCAGUAUCCCACUCAGCAUGACAGCAUAUCCCAGUAUCCCACUCAACAUGACAGCAUAUCCCAGUAUCCCACUCAGCAUGACAGCAUAUCCCAGUAUCCCACUCAGCAUGACAGCAUAUCCCGGUAUCCCACUCAGCAUAACAGCAUAUCCCGGUAUCCCACUCAGCAUGACAGCAUAUCCCAGUAUCCGCUCAGCAUGACAGCAUAUCCCGGUAUCCCACUCAGCAUUACAGCAUAUCCCGGUAUCCCACUCAGCAUGACAGCAUCCCAGUAUCCCACUCAGCAUGACAGCAUAUCCAGGUAUCCCACUCAGCAUGACAGUAUAUCCCGGUAUCCCACUCAGCAUAACAGCAUUUCCAGGUAUCCCACUCAGCAUGACAGCAUAUCCCAGUAUCCCACUCAGCAUGACAGCAUAUCCCAGUAUCCCACUCAGCAUGACAGCAUAUCCCAGUAUCCCACUCAGCAUGGCAGCAUAUCCCAGUAUCCCACUCAGCAUGGCAGUUUGAGCGAAAUAUAA